AAACAAAAACGAAAUCAAAAUAAAUAAUAAAUAAUGCAACAAUUGUUGCAAAUGAUGAGGCAAGUAAGCGGACAGCUCCAUGGUAAUGGUGACAUGGCAACGAUGAUAUCGAGCAAACCCACAAGCAUCAAAGUGGGCAGAGAUACAUCAGAUAGCAUACGAUGAAGAACGAUAACAAGGAGGACGAUGAGGUCGAGGGUGAGAACGCCGCCAACACAGAGAUUAAAUCCGAAGCGGUUUUAACUGUUGACACAGAAUUGGAACACAAUGCUGAUAAUGCUAAUGAUGGCGCCGCUGAGCCCGAUAGCUGGGAAUCGUAUCAGGCACGCAUCGAUUCCCUAAUUGCGAACGAGAGAUGCAACAAAUCGAUUCGGAGGCUGGACGAACGCCUCCAGAAUGUGGCGCAUCGAACGCGUCGCGUCUAUCGCGAUGCCCCCAAAUCAUUCGCGGAACGUGCGAUCAAUCAGCUGGGCAAAAUCGAUCAGCAGCUGGAGAUGUCGAGCACACGUCUCGGCCAGUUGGUGCACUUUGGCAACCAUCUGGUGACCAAUAUACGUGUGGCAAACGAGCGACGCGAACUCGAUCGCCGGAUGUUUGAGUCAUCGCAGCAGCGAGAGAUAAAGCGACGUCUCGACGGCGAGAACAUGGAGUCAAUGGCCAAAUUUGAGGAUAUCAAGGAUCGCUGGACCGAGCUGGAUGAGAUAAACGAGCCUAUGCUGCUGUGGGAUCAAAUCGAGGAUCAAAAGAAACGCAUUGCCGAGAUCAUGGAGCGCAAGGAUGAGAUGAUAAAUGCCUGCCAAACGGAAAUUGAUCGCAUGAAUGCCAAAUAUGAAUUCGAUCGCCAGCGACAGGCAGCCGAUCUCUGCUGUCUCGUCGAGCGCAUCGACAAUCAAGUGGAAACGCUCAAGGAGGCCUACAAGCAUCAUUUGGAAUUGCUGCGAAAUACGGUCGAGGAUGAGCGUCAGACGUUCUCAUUGACCGCGGAGGAGAAGUGGCGCAGCUUCUUCAAUGCCCUCAAGACGAACUUCGACGAGAAGUCGAAUUUGGUGCGUGUCCGAGAAGAGUUCUAUGCACAGCAGACGCAACAGCUGCAGGAGUACCAAGAUGAGCUGACCAAACAGACGCGCGUCCGCUUGGAGAAGGAAUGCGGCCGUUUGGAGUUGGAGCUCCGACGAACACGUGACAAUGUGCUGAUGAACUCGGAGAAGUUGGACUACAACUAUCAGGUGCUGCAGCGACGCAAUGAGGAGAACACAAUCAUUAACAAUCAGCAGAAGCGACGCGUUGCCCGCUUGUAUGAGACGGUGGCACGGACGCGACGCAACUUUAAGGAGGUGUUGCACAGUGGCCAGCGCAACAUUGCGAAGUUGACGCAGGAGAUUCAGGCGCUGCAUAACAGCAUCACCGAUAUGGAAUCGAAGGCGUUGCACACCCGUCAAAUCAAUCGCAACAAAUUCAAUCGGGUGUGGAAUAUCAACUAUGAGGAGAUAACGCUGCUGCUGCAGCGCAUCUUCAACAUCGAUCGCAUACUGCACGAGCAGCAGCUGGUGAUGCCAUGGCAGAAGCCCAACAUUAACAUCGAGAACAUCAAUAAGCCGGCCGAGAAGCGACACGUGAGCAAUGCCAUGGAUCGGAUUGAGCGUCGAUUUGGUCGUUUGCCAAAGCAAUAUGGCGGAUCUGGAUGCAGUGAGAGACCUAGUGUUGAGAAGCAACGUGGUCCGUUGAAGGAACUGCCACCGGAAUCGGCACGUCUCAUGCGCAACAUAUUGCGUAAGAUGGCCGAUCGUGGUGGCUUCCUUAUUGAGGAGCGACUGCUGCGAAUCCUUAAACCCUAUACGGAAAUGGAGCAGACAUUGGUGCGCAUCGAUAAUAUAUUUUCCGCAUUGCGCAUACACAAUUUUGAUAAUGUCCUGGAGCUGACAAAGGUCUUUGAGCCAUACACCUAUUGCCCGAAUUGUCAGCCUGAAGGCUUGAGUUCGGCCAAAUGCGCGGAGGUCUUCCUCAAGGAGGAGCACGAUAAGGCACCCAAACAGACGCACGAUGCCAAGGCAGAUCAAACGGCAUUGCAAGUCCCAGCGGACAAGAUAUCAUGGCUGGUCAAGGGAUACGAUGAGCGUGCGACUGCCUGCCCGAAUCAUUAUUUGGUCAUGGAGCCAGCGUUGGUGCUGCAUGCGAUGAAUCUCUAUACGAAUCGAAAGCACAAGGAAAUUUAUGGCGUCAACCCGGAGGGCAGUUUCGAGGGCGAAAUGAUUCAGUUCGAGGAUGAGGAAAUUGAAAAAUUCUGGCGUCAAUUUGCCAACAUAUUUCCCGACUCCAAGACGCACCUAUGGAAGACGCUGGAGCAUGGCCUCAAUCAUUACGUCGAGGUGCUCAAGAUGCGCGUCCAAUACGAUGCCGAGGUUGUAUUUCUGCGUCGCCAGAAUCGCGAACUGCGGCAUCUUCUGCAAAAGUUCAAGGUCUAAUUUGCUGAUUCCUGCUAUUCAUCGACCCAGUCGACCAUAUUCAUUAUCCAUUCUACUUUAGAUACAAAUUGAACAGUUACUUCUAUAAUUACAUACCAGUUCAUAUAUCAAUCUAAUAAUCUAUAUAAAAUGUAUAUAUAUUUUCGAAUUGUAGAAUAUAAUGCGCUUUUCGAAGAUGUGAAACUCUGUUCAAAUAGGACAACAUCCAUAUCAGCAUCAUAAAAUAAAUUUCAGUUGCAUUUUGCGAAGAAA